UCCACUCUAUCUAUCCUUCAGCUUCCCGCUACUACCCUACCCCACUAUUGAUGAGCUCUCAGCUCAACAUACAGUACCCUUUGUUCUUUCGGCCAAUUCUCCCCAGCCAUCAAAGCCAGCGUCAAAUUGACAAUACAAUCUAAUCAUUCUGCUAUCCUAGAUCGAUGCUACCGCCGCUGCGAACUCCGGUCAUCCCGGAGCCCCUAUGGGCAUGGCGCCAGUCGCCCACGUCCUCUUCAACAAGUUCAUGACUUUCAACCCAAAAAACCCCGACUGGUUGAAUCGCGAUCGUUUCGUGCUAUCGAACGGACAUGGAUGCAUGCUCCAGUAUGCUUUGCUACACCUUUUCGGCUACGGCGUCUCUCUAGAUGACCUAAAGAACUUCCGCCAAAUCGACAGCAUCACCCCAGGUCACCCGGAAGCACAUGAUACCCCAGGUGUUGAGGUCACAACCGGUCCUCUGGGUCAGGGUUUCGCCAAUGCCGUCGGUCUGGCUAUUGCACAACAGCACACCGCUGCUGUGUUCAACAAGCCCGGAUUCGAGCUGGUGAACAACCACAUCUACAUGUUCUUUGGUGAUGGAUGCGCCAUGGAGGGUAUCGCCAGUGAAGCUGCUAGCACUGCUGGUCACCUGCAGCUAGGCAACCUGAUUGCCGUAUACGACGACAACCAUAUCUCUAUUGACGGCGACACCAAGUGUGCUUUCACUGAAGACGUUACGAAGCGAUUCGAGUCAUAUGGCUGGCACGUCCAGUGGGUCAAGGAUGGUGACAACGACCUCGAGGGUAUUGAGGCCGCUAUCAAGGCAGCCAAGGAAGUGAAGGACAAGCCUUCCAUGAUCCGCCUCACAACCACCAUCGGUUUCGGCUCCAAGCUUCAGGGUACCGGCGGUGUUCACGGAAACCCUCUCAAGUCCGACGAUAUUCAGCAAGUCAAGCAGAAGUUCGGAUUCGACCCUGAGAAGACCUUUGUCGUCCCUCAAGAAGUCACGGACCUGUACCACAAGCAUGCCGCAGACGGCGCUGCUGCUGAACAAGAGUGGAACAAGCUUUUCGAAAGCUAUGGCAAGGAGCACGGAGACCUACACAAGGACCUCACCCGUCGUCUGAAGGGAGACCUACCAGAGGGAUGGCAAGAUAAGCUGCCAACAUACAAGCCAGGUGAUGCCGCCAUUGCCUCGCGUAAGCUUUCAGAGUCAGUACUAGAGGCCAUCUACGAAGCCGUGCCUGAACUCCUCUCCGGAUCUGCUGACCUGACUGGCUCCAACAACACCCGGUGGAAGAAGGCAGUCGACUUCCAACCCCCCAACCUUGGCAUUGGAGACUGGUCCGGACGUUAUCUCCGGUAUGGUGUGCGUGAGCAUGCGAUGGCUGGUAUCAUGAACGGUCUAUCCGCCUACGGAACCAUCAUUCCUGCUGGUGGUACUUUCCUGAACUUCGUCUCAUAUGCUGCUGGAUCUGUCCGUCUCUCGUCCCUCUCACACCAGCGUGUCAUUUACAUCGCCACCCACGACUCGAUCGGUCUUGGUGAGGAUGGCCCGACUCAUCAGCCUAUCGAGACUCUUGCCCAUUUCCGAGCGCUGCCCAACAUGAUGGUAUGGCGCCCAGCUGACGGUAACGAGACUUCUGCUGCCUACUACAUGGCUCUCACGUCCAAGAGCACUCCUUCUAUCCUUGCCCUUACCCGUCAGAACCUUCCUCAGCUCGAGGGCUCUACCAUCGAGAGAGCCAUCAAGGGAGGCUACGUUGCCCUCGAAGACAAAGACGCGAAGAUCACCCUAGUAUCGACUGGUUCCGAGGUGUCACUCUGUCUUGAGGCCGUCAAGGUGCUCAAGGAGCAAGGUAUCCCAGCUCGUGUCGCAUCCCUGCCUUGUGUCGAAGUGUUCGAUGCCCAGGACAAGGAGUACAAGCUCAGCGUUAUCCCCGACGGUAUUGCAUCCAUGUCUGUUGAGGUCAUGUCCACUCUCGGAUGGGAGAAGUACAGUCAUGAGCAGUUUGGUCUUAACCGAUUUGGUGCUUCUGGACCAUACAAGGAGGUCUACAAGAAAUUCGAAUUCACUCCUGAGGGCAUCGCUAAGCGUGCGGCCGCAACCGUCGAGUUCUACAAGGACGUCAAGCCUCUCCGCUCGCCGCUUAACCGUGCCUUCCAGCAACUCAUCUAAAAAGUCUUGGAUGUGCCUACCGAUACAUGUGCAUGCGACAGACGUGGCUCGCGGAUAGCCACUUCACGACACGAUGGACGAGGAUCUUGGCCUGCGUCAGCGAUUGAGGUAAAAUGUUUCAAAUAGCCCUAUAGAAAUUGAGAUAUGAAGCUUCAACCCACGUGUUCUGAUCGCCAUUGACGAUGAUAUUUGCGAAUAUCAAAGUCAAU